UAGCAUUUCAUAACCUUUUCUUCCUCCUGUCAUUCUUCCCAUCACUUGUCCCGAUUUCCUAGCAGGAUUGUUCCAACAAUUAAAAUUGACACAUUCAUGCCUUCCUCUUACAUUUUUCAUCCACCAGCUUGACUCUGCGACGUUGCUCCUUUUUUAUUAUUAUUCUUAUUUCUAUAUUUAUUCGCCUUGUCGCUUGGAAAUAUUCAAUUAGACCUGCCCGAUAUCUACAACGCUACAGCAGAAGCAGGCAUCGCCCUCAACAACACCCAAGGAACUAGAGUGUGAGGCGUCUUGUUCGAGCGUUUCAAAACCUCACCUUCUCCAGCCUGCCAUCGUAUUUGAUCCCAGCCCAUAGCUCAUUCAGACCUUAUAAUUCAGCUAAUAGAAUCAGUCAUGAGCAAGGGAGGCAACAUCAAGGUCGCAGUGCGAUGUCGACCACUUAACAGCCGAGAAAUCGCGAAGCAGUCAGAAUGCAUUAUCCAAAUGGAUGGUAACAUGACCACGAUCCGACGGCCAGAGGAUGGAAACUUGAAGUCUUUUUCGUUCGAUCACUCAUACUGGUCUUAUGAUAAGAGCGACCCCAGUUAUGCGGGGCAACAGCGUAUCUACGAGGACUUGGGUGUGGAGCUGUUAAAUCAUGCUUUCAGUGGAUAUAAUACAUGCAUUGUAGCUUAUGGACAAACUGGCAGUGGCAAGUCAUAUUCAAUGAUGGGAUAUGGUGAAGAACGCGGAAUUAUACCUCUUUCUUGCCACGAACUCUUCCGGCGGAUAGAAAUGAACACAGAUCCAUCACUCAGCUAUCGCGUUGAAGUCUCUUAUAUGGAAAUUUAUUGUGAGCGUGUGAGGGACCUGCUAAAUCCUAAAAAUAAAGGUCAUCUUAGGGUGCGCGAGCAUCCAUCCUUGGGACCAUAUGUCGAGGAUCUAUCCAAGCUAAUGGUUACAUCAUACCAGGAUAUAGCAAAUCUAAUGGACGAAGGGAACAAGGCUCGAACAGUGGCUGCCACCAAUAUGAAUGAAGCAUCUAGUCGAUCGCAUGCUGUCUUCACAGUACUACUCACCCAAAAAAAACAUGACGCUGAGACUAGACUUGACACCGAGAAAGUAUCAAGGAUUUGCUUGGUGGAUCUUGCUGGAAGUGAGAGAGCAAACUCGACGGGAGCCACGGGCGCACGAUUGAAGGAAGGUGCCAACAUCAACAAAUCGCUGACAACGCUUGGUAAAGUCAUCUCAGCUCUUGCAGAUGCAUCCAGUGGUGCCACUAUUACUACUGCCAAAAAAGGACCAAAGAAACCAAGCGAAGUUUUUAUCCCUUAUCGUGACUCGGUCCUUACUUGGCUUCUAAAAGAUUGUUUGGGAGGAAAUUCAAAGACGACUAUUAUUGCGGCCUUAUCGCCAGCUGAUAUUAACUACGAAGAAACUUUGAGCACUCUUCGCUAUGCUGACCAAGCCAAACGUAUCAAGAACAAGGCUGUCGUGAAUGAGGACCCGAACGCCAAACUUAUUCGCGAGCUGAAGGAGGAGCUGUUGGACUUGCGGUCUAAACUCAGUAUUUAUGAUCCUAGCCAUGCCGGUGGGGACCUUAAGUCACCCAACUCAUUGGUCACUAUUGUCGAUCUUCAUGGGAAUACUAGGACUCUCUCAAAGGAACAGCUGCAAGAUGAAGUACAAGCUUCAGAGAAGAUCAUGGCUGAAUUGAACGAGACCUGGGAGGAGAAAUUGAGGAAGACCCAGGAAAUCCAACAAGAACGCGAAAGGACUCUAGAAGAGCUCGGUAUCUCAGUUGAAAAGGGUCAUAUUGGAGUUCAUACUCCCAAGAAAAUGCCACAUCUAGUGAAUCUAAGUGAGGAUCCUUUAAUGUCCGAGUGUCUUGUCUAUCAGCUCAAGCCAGGGAUCACCAUAGUUGGUCGUCUCGAUUCUUCUGUGCCAGCGGAUAUUAGGCUCUCAGGGACAAAUAUACAAGAUAAUCAUUGUCAUUUUGAAAAUAAUAGCUCCAGUGUGACGCUCCAUCCCGGAAAGUCGUCCAUGACAAUGGUCAAUGGUUUAAGAAUCACAAAGCCAAAGAAGCUUCGAUCAGGAUAUCGCGUCAUCCUCGAUAACAAUCAAGUCUUUAGAUUCAACCAUCCUGAAGAAGCUCGUCGCGAGCGAGAAUCAAUGCAAAACCAGACACCUGGCUCGAGCAUGGUUUCGUCCCCGACUGUGAGAACACACGGCAAUCUCUCAAAUGGAAUGGAGGACGAUCGUCCUGAAGAUCGGCCAGACUCUCCAUUGUCAUCAGGUUCAUUUCAGUCAGAGCUUUUCGAUUAUAAUUAUGCACGCAAGGAGGCAGUCAUUCAAGCGCACAUGUUAUCCGAAUCCAGCAUCAAUCAACUCAAGGAUCAGGAUUUGGAGGUACUAUUUGACAACAUUGCCAAGAUCCGAUACAUGCGUAAGAGCGUGAGGUCGGAAAGCCGCGCGGGGUCUCAUAUUGAUGACGAUCUAGAGUCAAGAUCUUCACGGAUAUCAUUCAAUGGGCGCUGGCAUGGAGAAGGAGGAAUGGGCGAAGACGGACGGGAAAGUCCGAUUCCAUCCUUGGAAACAUCAGCUUGGGCGUUAAAGGAGAAGCUACGCCUCGCUCAAGAGGAAAUGCAGUUGUUGAAUCAGCAGAAGCAAGAAUAUGAAGCUAAGAUCCAAAACUUAUCAGCUGCGGAGGCCAAAUCAGAUGAACUACUUGCAAAGAAGGCCUUGAUGGAAGAGCGUUUGCGUCAGGCUGAGGAAAAUCUCAUGAAAAAGCUUGAGCAGCAGCGGGAGCAAUACGAGGACAAAAUGAAACGUAUGUCUUUGGCAAGCACUUCAAGUCAGCAGUUGGACGAGUCUCAACUGAAAGGGAACUGCUCGGAUUAUGAGCUCAAGCUUAUUCGCAAAACGCUUGGGCAUUGGAAAGAGCAGCGAAGCAUGCAGAUGGCGGAAACAAUUCUUGCUAAUGGGGGUCUCGUCAAAGAGGCCAAUAUUAUCAGUCGUGAACUUAAAAAAAACGUGAUGUACCAGUUUACGGUCAUUGAGGCUGGCCAAUUGGCAAACCCAACAUCAUUCUGGGAGAAGCCCUUCGAUUCGCCUCAGUCUAACAAUAAUGAUGAAGAAACAUUGCUCUCCGGCCUGAAAAGACCUUGCAUUGGUGUCAAAGUCAUCGAUAGCAAACAUCAAUCUGUUUAUCUCUGGUCACUCGACAAGCUUAGUUUGAGGCUACCACGGAUGCGUAGUCUUUACAACCUCAACGAAAAGUUACAAUAUAAGAAGCAGUAUAAUCUGGAGGACCCCUUUUAUGAUACGCCUGCGCCACGGUUCACGUUUAUUGGAAGUGCUUCAAUUACUUUGAAGAGUCUGAUUAAGAUGCAGUUUAUGGAGAGCAUUGUUCCUAUCAUUUGCAGAAAUACAGGAAAGGUUGCCGGCCGAUGUCGGGUAGGGCUCACGCCUCUCAAUUUGAGUGAUCCCAAAGUCCGUUCUGGGCUUUCUCCUACGCUAUCAGUGCCCAACUCACCUACAAGACUUACCAAAUUAGCGCACAGCCGCAGUACUAGUCGUGCUCACAGUCGUGAGCGAUCUUACAUUGGUAGUGGCAAAGUGGAUGGAGUCUCACCAGCUGCCGUGGGCAUUGGAGACAAACUCUUAUUUGAGAUCUCUAUUCUCGCUAUUGAAGGACUUUCGGAGCAACAAUAUACCCAGGUUCAUGCUCAAUUUAGACUCUCUAAUUUUGGCGGCGUUGUACCAAAUUCGACAAGUGACAAAGUCUACGCAACUGAUACGGCGAAUGGCUUUGGAGACAAGCCCAUAUUCUUUGGAUACGCACAAUCGUUAUCCAUUGUUGUGACGGAGCCUAUAUUAGAUGUCUUGAGGAACGGAAGCUUACACUUCGAGGUCUUUGGUGAAGCCAAAAAGGCGACAUUAGAAGCUUCGGAGAGGUGGGAUAUUGAGCAAGAGCAGAUCGGCCAACAGUUUCUACAGCUACAGGAACAGCAGAAGUGUGGACAUGGUAACAAGCGAUCAUCGUUCGACAGCCUUAACUCCAUCAGUGUGAUUUCCGAACGCCGUUCAGAGGAUAAGCAAUCAUUAGAGGAGCAUCAUGAUGUUUUAGCUUUUGUUCAGAUCUGUGAGCCUGCUGCUGACGGAAGGCAUACACCUGUUAUGGUUCUGUCUAAUUCACCAUUGGACCCUGGUGCAUUUCAACUUCGACAGGGUUUACAACGUCGUAUCAUCCUGAAGUUGACCCAUACAUCUGGAAAACAAUUUCUUUGGAGUAGUGUCUCAAAUAUUUCAGUAGGCAGAGUUCGAUUGGUUGACAAUAAGGGCCACCUUGUUGAGUCAUCGCCAGGAGAUGAUAUAUCGCUUAAAAUUAUCCCUGGCCAGAAAGUUGAAUAUCCAAAGAAUGGAACCAGCGAGCUUGUUGUCCAAGCUUCUUGGGACAGUACACUUCACGACGCGCUUUGUCUGAAUCGGGUUACUACAUCUAAUUCACGUGUGAUGAUGACCGUUGCCUGGACAGUCGUAGCCGAACGGUGUGCAGAGGCCAUUCAUUUCCAAAUGGAUAUUGCAGUUCAAAUACAAGAGCGCGAGAAUCGUACACUCUAUAGGUUGACGUCAAUAUUGACGUCUACUAAUAUCCUGUCAAGAAUGAGUGGUCUUUUCUUACUUACUCUGAAGCCUAUCUUAAAGAAGCGGUCAUCUGAUGUUUGGCGAAUGAGCUUUACAGGAGAAUAUGUCCGAGGCGAAGAGCUUUUAGGAGGGUGGAAGCCGCGGGGAGUAUCACUUGUCAAUGAAUACAAGAAUAAGGUGGCCCUAAUGAACAAAAUAGAGAGCGUUGAGAAAACUAGACAGUGGUUGCAGCUCCACGGAGUAACGCCUCAAGAAAUAGGUACUACCGGUGUUUCUGUCAAGAUCGAGGGCAGUGAGAACAACACACCAUUGACGCCAAAUGUAAAUGGUGCAGACGGAAACUUAGACGUUCGGUCUCGUGAGUUGUUGGAAAGAAUAGUUCGACUCUGGUCUCGCAAACCACUUAUUCUUGAAGAGUUAUUGAAGAAGCAAGACAGUGCUUUGAAAAGUGGUGACGGCGAGAGUAUGAAGGUAUCUAGACGCUCAGUACGCUUCCAGUCCGAAGCGAAGUUUAUUACCAAGUGUGAAAAGGUAUCGAAGAAAGGCUAUCUAUGCUACCCUGAAGACAAGGAUGAUGUAUGGGUGAAGCGAUUCUUUGUAAUCCGUAGGCCAUACAUGUACGUCUAUGCCAACGACUCUGAGACUGAAGAGCUUACUGUUGUAAAUCUAAAGGAUGUCACUGUAGACUACAAACAGGAUCUUGAGGAGAUGCUUGAACGCCAGCAUGUCUUUUCGGUAUACGCUGCCAACAAUUCGUAUCUCAUGCAGGCAUCAUCUCGCGAAGAGAUGCGUUUAUGGCUAACAGAGCUCGAUCAGUUCUUUAAUCUUUCACGAGUCCCGGCUUAAUCAACUUUCUUUUUUUGUUUCAUUGCAAAUUAAUUUAUGCCAUGCUUCUUCUCGUAUUCCUGUAAAAUGUCAACGUCCAGGUUGCGUCGUUUGUUUUUAAUAUCAACAUCCAUCUCUGAUCGAUAUGUACCCUUUUAUCUUUGUUUGAAUAGUUGUACUUUUCCUUUUAGUUCCCCCUAUAGUCUAUAUACCAUACACAAUAAAGUGAAAUUCAUGCCUUUUU